UAGACAAGAGGAAGGUUCAUAAGCUCAGUGUAGACCAAAGUGCAGAACCAACUGCUCCAUUUUUCCCCUGGCAGAUCAGACGUAAAUUCAUUAAAGAUGGCACAGAAGACCAGCGGCCUAAUACAAAGAUGCGGAUUUCUUCUCUUAAUGAUUCUAUUUCUGCCACAUGUGAUGACAAGUUCUGUUUUAAGUGUGAAUGGUAAAACUGAAAACUAUAUUCUGGACACUGAGCCUGGCCUCCAAGAAUCUCUGAAAUGUGCUGUGGAAAACCACACCCGAGAUGAAGAACUUCUCUGGUACCGCGAAGAUGGGAGAGUGGAUUUGAAGUCUGGAAACAAAAUCAACUCCAGCUCCGUCUGUGUCUCGGGCAUCAGAGAAGAUGACAACGGCAUCACCUUUACCUGCAAGUUGCAGAGGAAUCAGUCGGUGUCCGUCUCAGUGGUGCUGAAUGUCACUUUUCCUCCUCUCCUAAGUGGAAAUGACUUCCAAACAGCUGAGGAAGGCAGUGAUGUGAAGUUAGUUUGCAAUGUGAAAUCCAACCCCCAGGCUCAAAUGAUGUGGUAUAGAAACGGUGGCAUCUUGAACUUAGAGAACCAUCACCGAAUCCAACAGACAAGCGAGUAUCUUCAACUGUCAAUCACAAAAGUCAAGAAAUCCGACAAUGGGACUUACAGCUGUAUUGCCAAUUCACUGAUAGAAACAAAGACCAAGGACUUUCACCUUAUUGUCAAAGAUAAAGCCUCAACUGUACCAAUAGAACCCAUUAUUGCUGCAUGUGUUGUGGUCUUUCUGACCUUGGUCUUUGGAUUGAUUGCCAGAAGAAAAAAAAUAAUGAAGCUCUGCAGAAAGGAUCAAGGCCCUCAGUGCAGAACAGCUCUAUGAGGAAAUUGAGAUGCCAUCUAUUACAGCAAGAGUUUUGCAUCAGGACCUCCUUGAUUUAUGUAGUCCCAUCUGUAUUUAUUGCUAUUAUUAAAUUCAUUCCUGUCUAAUUGUCA